AUGUCUGUGAGAAAUUCUUCAUCUUAUUACAAACUUCGAAGUUUGAUUACAUUUCUUCAUCGCUACAGAGUUUACUCUGGACAUUCAUCUCUGUCCGGACGCCAUGAUGAGGUGCUGUCAUCUAAUCUUCGGCACAGUUGGUCAAUGCAUCAAGGGCUGAGGCUAAUUAGUACCAAUAGCAGAGUAGGUGAAACGUCAAAGACUGAUAUGCUAAAGGAUGACAGGGUCAAGGUUCAAUCAGCAGCGCCAGUUCAUUCUUCGUACAACUUCCCUACAUGGGCAAAAUGGCUUUUGUUCUCUAUGUUGUCCCUACUGCUACCUUUGGGGCAUCAAAAAUGGGGAAAGUGGCUGACUUUAGAAGGGAAGGUGGAAAAUGCCAUUGAAGAGGUCGAAUUUGUGGCAGAGGUGGUAGAGAAGGUAGCGACUGUGGUGGAGAAAGUAUCAGCAGAGGUGGCGGAUGAACUUGCAGACAACAGCAAGCUCAAACAAGCAGCUUUAAUGGUAGAACAUGGAUCUAGUGUCGCUGCUAAGGAUGCUCAAUUAACAAUAGAUUUUAUUCACAAGGCCGAAAAUUUGAAGGUAGACUUGAAAGACUUGGAGACAAUGGUUGAGCCUGUCAUUAAAAAGAUCAUAGAAGGGGAAAAUGGUGAAGAAAAGUAG